AUGGCGAAUUUACCAGUAUAUAUCCAUUACAAUGGUUACUGGAAUGUUGACAACAAUUUUGUAGAAUAUCAAGUUGACGGAAUAUUGAUUCGUACUGAUAUCAAGUUUGAAGAUUUCGUUGCUACAAUUUCAAAACAAUUGAGUGUGGACGUCGAAAUUAAUUCUUUAGAAAUCCAUUACAAAGUCGAUGAGAAUUCUCCACCUAUGUCAAUACACAAUGAUAUGGGGUUGCUUGUAUACAUUGAGAUGAAGAAAAUAACUCAGGAUUUCGGCAAGUAUCCACUUUGUAUAACAGUGAAGGUGAAUGAUAUAUCUUCCGAUGAUAUGGAACUUGAUAUACAUGAGUUUUCAGACUGUGAUACAGUUCCUCUAAUUGACGGAGAUCCUGUUAGUCAGACUAUCAUCAAAGGUCGAUUGUACAAGUCUAAUAUUUUCAAGCUGCGGAAACUGAAUGAUAAAGACACUUGUUCAAGAAAAGAAAGAUUGUUGACACAACGUAUGGCUACUUCGAAUGUCAUAGGAAGUCUUAUAGUGGAUAAAUUUGUUGACCCAAAAACUGUAUACACUCCCAGGGACAUAGCCAAAGACAUGAAGAAACAAUAUGGUAUUGACAUAAGCUACUCAAAAGCCCAUAGAUCGAAGAAAAAGGCACUUGAAUCAUUAGGAGGGAACGCAAGUGAAUCAUAUGGAAAGCUACCUAAAUACUUAUUUAUGUUGAUGCAUUCAAACCCAGGAUUAGUUGUUAGCUUGAGUAAGACUGAUGAAGGACAUUUCAUGUAUACCUUUGUGGCAUUAUAUGCAUCAAUAAAGGGAUGGGAGUAUUGUAGACCAAUUGUGGUGGUAGAUGGUAGCUUCCUUAAAGCAUCUCACAGAGGGACUUUUCUAAUAGCAAGCACUCAAGAUGCAGCAGGUAAGAUUCUACCUCUAGCAUAUGGAAUUGUUGAUUCAGAAAAUGAUGCUUCAUGGAAGUGGUUCUUCGAGAGGUUUAAAGAAGCCUUUGGUCAGAGAGAACAAAUGUGCAUAGUAUCUGACAGAAACGAGAGCAUAAAAAAAGCAGUAUUUGAGGUGUAUCCAGAUAUCCCUCAUUGUUGCAUGUGGCAUUUGUGGAAUAACAUUAAGGGAAAUUUCAGGAAGAAUAAGAAGAGGUCGAGGGAGAUAUUUUUUGCCAUGGCCAGAGCAUACACUGUUGAAGAAUUUAAUUACUAUAUGUCUGAGAUGGAAAGGAUAGAUAAAAGAGUGAAGGAUUAUUUGUUUAACGUUGGGUAUCAUAGAUGGUGUAGAGCGCAUGCCACCUGUAUCAGAACCAUGACAAUGACUUCUAAUAUUGCUGAGUGUGUAAAUUCAGUAACUAAAGAAGCAAGGAAUCUCCCAGUAAUGCGGUUGUUGGAAGAGACGAGGAAUUUGGUACAGAAGUGGAAUUUUGAAAACAUGAAGUUGGCGCAGGCAACCUUUAAAAAGAUCACCGAAAAGUAUGAAAGUAUGGUCGAUGAAAAUUAUGAAGCCUCGCAAUACAUGACGGUUACUCCCUCAAAUGACUACUUACAUACAGUGACUGGUAGUGGGAAUGUAUUCAUUGUGUGCAUUAGAGAGCGAACUUGUAGUUGUGGAAGGUUUCAGUUAGAUCAAGUUCCAUGUCCACAUGCUAUGGCAGUAUUGAAUCUAAAAGGGUUAGAUGGAGAAGAGUAUUGUUCGUUGUAUUACACUAAUGAAUAUAUGGCUAAGACAUAUGAAAUCUUAGUAAAUCCUCUCCCGCAUGAGAAAAUGUGGAAAGUUCCAACAGAUGUGCUGGAGCAAGUUGUAUUGCCACCAAUUGGGAAAAAAAACCCGGGAAGGCCAAAGGUGUCAAGAUAUAAGUCAGCUUGGGAAACAAAUAUUAAGAAGUUUAAGACUACAUGGGGGAAAUGUGGACAUGAAGGUCACAACAGGAGAACGUGUAAGAAGAUGCCGAAAAAAGGCGUAAGCAAGUUUGUGUCAUGUGUUGUAAAGUUUCUAUUUGCAAACUUAUGUUAUGAGAAACGACUCUUUGUUUUAUUGAAGAUUGUUGUGGUUUUUAUUAGUUGA